UUGCACUCUCCCGAACGUACCACUCCGUAGCCGGGCAUGGCCGCGAACACACACGAUGUUAUCAUGCUCUUUGGCGAUUCGAUCACCCAAGGGGGCUGGGUACCAGGCGGGUUUGGUCAGCGACUGGCUGAACUACGCCCGCAAGAUGGACGUGAUAAACCGUGGGCUUAGCGGCUACCAGACAAAGUGGGCUAUACCCAUGUUCGAACAAGUGGGUAAUGCAUAUCCCAUCCGUCUAAUUACAGGAGUGAUGCGUAGUGCGCAGAUCUUCGCGAUGCAGCACCAGCAACUCCAUGUUCCUAAAGUACAGCUACUCACCAUUUGGUUUGGCGCGAACGAUGCCGCACCCUUCCCCAAUCGUCAGCACGUGCCGAGGGAUCAGUACAGGGAGAAUCUUGAGCAUCUCGUCAACAUGGUCAGGUCCCCUACUUCACCAUACUAUUCACCCAGUACCCGCAUCAUUCUCAUCACUCCGCCUCCGGUAAACUCUCAUCAAAGACAGGAUCGUAACUUUGACGCAACCAAAUCCUACGCUGAGGCGGUGAAUGAACUAGGAACUGCACUUGCCAUACCUGUUGCGGACGUAUGGGCUGCAAUGUGGGAUGCCAGUGGAAGAGACGAGAGGGCGCUUGAAAAGUUCCUUCACGAUGGGUUGCACCUAAACGAGGCAGGAUACGAGGUGGUCUAUAAUCUGAUCAUGAAGAUCAUCGAGGAGAAAUACCCCGAAAUUCACUACGACAGGUUGGAAACGGUUUUCCCACCGUAUUGGGCAAACGUCGAAGUCGAAUAGGGCCAUGCCCCACUGGUCCAACGGAACACCAUUUUUUGAAAGGAAGGACAUAGAUUUACGAGAACAUGAGUAACAUGGUGAUGUUACCACGAUAAGGGUGUUUGGUCAAAUGGAAGACAUACAAAGGAUGGGAACACCCAAGCGUCCGAUCAUGUAACCGCAGAGCAUCUCUACACAUCUGAUUCUCGCAAUACAAGUUGCUUGGUAACGGUGG